AUGUCGGCAAAACAGCCCACCUGGACGCCUCCCAAGCCCCUCGCCGAUUCCGUCAAGCUGCCCGACCUAACCGUGUACAACUCCCUGACGCGCAAGAAGGACAAGUUUGUGCCCAUUGACCCGGAAGGAAAGACUGUGCUUUGGUACACUUGCGGUCCAACCGUCUACGAUGACGCACAUUUGGGGCAUGCGCGCAACUAUGUCUCCACGGACGUCGUCAGGCGCAUCGUGAGGGACUAUUUUGGCUUCAAUGUCAAGUUUGUCAUGAACAUUACCGAUAUCGACGACAAGAUCAUCCUGCGUGCGCGCCAGCAGCACCUGCUAGCGGACUUCCGGUCGGAGCACCCAACUGUCGACGAGACCGCCGUAUCUACGGCCAAGGCAGCUUUCACGUUCUACCUGAGGAAGAACCUACCACUCCUGUCUGCCGAGACGACUCCCGACUCUUAUAUUUCGGAGACAGAGAAAGCGUACGCACGGGUUCUGGAGGGGAAGGCAUUGGCAGGUGACAAUGAGACGCCCGGCGACAAGGAGGCUAAGCUGAAGAUGCACAUAAAUACCGCCAAGUCGGCCGCCACAACCCUCCAGAAAGCUUCCUCGCUUGGGGCCGACCAAUUCUACGAUGGCGCCGAGGACGUGCUACUGCCGUACUUGGACUCUUUGCACGGCUCUACAGUCGACUCGAAGGACUACGCCAUCUUCACGAAGCUGACCAAGAAGUUCGAGGAACGCUUCUUCGAGGACAUGCAUGCCCUGAACGUUCUGGACCCCGAGGUGCUGACCCGAGUCACCGAGUAUGUGCCUGAGAUUGUGUCUUUUAUUGAGAAGAUCAUAUCCAAUGGUUUUGCAUACGCGACGGCCGACGGCUCGGUGUACUUUGACAUCGCUGCGUUCGAGAGAUCAGGCCAUGCUUACGCCCGCCUCGAACCCUGGAGCAGGGGAGAUACUGCCUUGCAAGCAGACGGCGAAGGUUCACUCGCAUCGAAGACAACGGUGAAACGCAAUGACGCGGACUUCGCCUUGUGGAAGGCAAGCAAAGCUGGAGAGUUUUCAUGGGCCAGUCCCUGGGGUGAUGGGCGCCCGGGCUGGCACAUUGAGUGCUCGGUUAUGGCUUCCGAGGUUCUGGGCGAAAAGCUGGAUGUUCACUCUGGAGGUGUCGAUCUCCGGUUCCCUCAUCACGACAACGAGCUGGCACAAUCUGAGGCAUAUUGGAACAGCAAGGAGCAGUGGUCGAACUUCUUCCUGCACAUGGGGCAUUUGUCGAUUGCAGGGUCUAAAAUGAGCAAGUCACUCAAAAACUUCACCACGAUCAGGUCGGCGCUUGCCAAAGAAGAGUGGACCUACCGAAGUCUCCGUAUUGCAUUCUUGCUCGGGGCAUGGGAGAGUGGCAUUGAGGUGACGGACGAAAUCCUUCGCACGACUGCCUCCUUUGAGGACAAGAUGAACAACUUCUUCUACAAGAGUUCAGACAUUGCGAGGAAUCAGCAGAAUGGAAGCACCGCCGCUGCUAGCAACGGAUCCGAACGAUCAGAACACGAUCAGAAGGUGCUUGCUGCUUUGGGAAAGGCUAAGCAAGAAGUUGAUGCUGCUUUCUCUGACUCGUUCAACACGCCUGCGGCGAUGAGGGCACUUUCCGAGCUUGUGUCAGAAUUUAAUUCAGCGGCGACUGUUUCGGAUGAGACUACGCUAAUCCUUGCGCGAUGGAUGACAAGAAUCCUCACGAUCUUGGGUCUGGACGCAAAGGGCGACUUGAAAGACGAGUCCCGGGUAGCCUGGUCCGGUGUCGGUAUCCCCACAGAAGCGGAAUCAUUUGUGUACCCUGUUUCGCAACUGCGCGACCAAGUGCGACAAGCCGCUCGGACAAAAAACCUGGACCACGCUGCUCUGGUGCAAAUAGCGGAGAAGGUCAAGCCUGCAGGAUCGGCCGCCAGCGAGCCUGCGAAGAAAUACGAACAGGUGUUCACGCAAUUCCAAGCCGAUGUUCAGAAACUAGCCAGCGAGAAGGCACCAGCCAGCGACAUCCUCGCUCUUUGCGACCAGCUGCGCGACACUCGCUUAUGGGACCUGGACAUCUACCUCGAAGACCGCGACCCGCCACUGCCCGCCUUGGUCCGGCCUAUCGACAAGACCAUCAAGCAGGCCAGGGAGGAGCGUGAGAAAGCGGCCGCUGCCAGGGCCGCGCAAAAGGCGAAGAGGGACGCAGAGGAGGCAGAGAAGAAGAGGCAGCAGGAUGAGAAGGCAAAACUCAGUCACCUCGAGAUGUACAAGACAGAGGAGUACGCGGAGUGGGAUGAGAACGGCAUACCCACCAAGGACGCCAAGGGCGAGGAGGUCACCAAGAGUAGGAAGAAGAAGCUGCAGAAGGACUGGGAGAGGCAGAAGAAGCUGCACGAGGACUGGCUGAAGAGGCAAGGUUAG